CUGCACACAGGAGAAAAGCCUCUCAAGUGUUCUGAAUGUAACAAAACGUUCCGACGUCAUUCGACUCUGUGCCAGCACAUGAAGAAGCACAGAGGUAUAAGGAACCAUGUGUGUAAUAUAUGUAGCAAGGCCUUCUACGAGGUGUCAAAAUUGAACGCUCACAUGAGAGUUCAUACAGGCGAGCGUCCGUUCGAGUGUCAGUUCUGUUCCCGUAAGUUCGCCCAACAGUCAGCCUUGAUCUACCACAAGCGGACCCACACGGGAGAGAAGCCGUACGCGUGUAAAGCUUGCCCGGCGAGAUUCACUACCUCCUCGUCUAGAAAUAACCAUAUGCUGACACAUACAGGCAACAAGAAGUUCGUGUGUCCAGUGUGUUUCAAAGGCUGUACCUCUCGUUCCGAGCUCCGCGUCCACUCGACCAAACACACCGGUGAGAAGUUGUUCGCGUGUGAGAUAUGCUCCCAGAGGUUCAGUUCACCAUCCUACCUCGCGGUACACAGACGGACACACACGGGGGAGAAGAAAUAUCAAUGUACUGAAUGUGGAAAAGGUUUCGUGGAAUGCACGUCAUACAAGAAACAUAUGAAGACUCACGCGAAGGACAAACCUCAGAGCGAAGAGACGAAGACACAGAACAAUCAAGAGGAAGUAGCCAAGAUACAGGAAACUAACUUGGAGACUGUCGACGAAAAUAAGAAAGACGACAAAGAGGUUACAACGGAAGCGGAAAUAAAUCAGGACGGACAAAUAGUCAUACAAGACGCCGGUGCACAAAAGAGAUUUAAAUGCGGGCUCUGCGUCAAAAGCUACACGUACUUGCACAGUCUUAAGAAGCACAUGUUGAGUCACGUACAGAUGUGCGUGUUCAGUCCGGACGGCUCGGAGAGGAUGUACGCGUUCAAACAGCAACAGCAACAGCAGGAGUUGCAGCAACAGCAACAACAACAGCAACAGGUGCAGCAGGUGGUGGUCGGAGGGGUGGGGGGCGUGCAGCAGCUGGCGGUGCCCGUACACCAACACGUGCAGCCGCUCGUGCCUCAGAACAAUCAACAGUAUCCAGUUAUAUCAUCGGUUCAACUUCAACAGACGCAUCAACAAGUUAAUACUCAACCACAACUGCAAGUUCAAACUAUUCAGAUACAUCCCCAACAUCAACCAAUACAAAUACAUGCGGUCGGCGUUCAACAAGAACAACUUCACGUUGCCACAAGCAGUUGUCAAACAAUGGUGCCCAAUAUACUACAGUUGCAGCCAGGUGCUGUUGUUUCCGGCUUGGGCCAAGAACUGGGUGGUGUGCAUCGCAUCAUAUUACAGCCACCUCACGCUCAUCCCCACGCCUUAUAUACUAUACAUCACUAG